CUCUCAGAUGUUCACGGAUCCUCAGCUGUUCGAAAAUCAGACUAAACCCACCCGACUCAGACAUUACAGACGGUUAUUAUCGUUUUAGCAUGGCGUUUUGUUUACAUUAAAGUUGCUAAUAAAUUAGUAGCCUUCUUUGACAAUCCUUAUCCUAUAUCUACAAAAACAGUGUUUGCCCACUUAUCAUGUUUGGUGACAGCAAUGGAGAAUCAGUUAGUAUUCCUUCAUGCUGGAAAAAUCUCAAAUCCUCAGAGCCGGCUGAAACACAAACAGUUGAGACGAUUGGAGUUGAAAAAAAUGAACAAACUUCCGAGACUAAAGAUAUAGAAAUACAGACAGAGCGAAUACAAGAACUAAAUUUAUCCUCCAAUUAUGAUGAACAUGCACUAUCAACAUUCCUUAAUAGAGUGGGACAGAAGAUCAUCGACGAAAUUGACAAAGGAAAUAGAAGUAAGGCGUUCCUGUCAUACCAAUUACCUGAUGAAGAUUCUUCCUCGGAAGUGAAAAAUGUUCUGUCAUUAACUAGGCCGAACUCAGCUCAGAAAAAAGAGAUGAAGGUGAACUGUUUGGCUUGGAGUUGUACAGGUGGAGUGGUUGGCUUAGCUCUAGGCCACUCCUCCCAUGAUGACUGGUGCUCGCACGCUGGUCUCAUCCAUUUCUACAAUAUUGCAUAUUCACAGAAUUCGUCUAUAGAGCCUUCAAGGGAAAUUGAAAGCACUUCAUGUGUCACUUGUUUAGCCUUCCAUCCCUACGAACCAUCUUUUGUAGUCUGUGGAUUGGUAAGAGGAACUAUUGCCAUGUGGAAUCUUCAAAAGGACGGAGCCGAAACAUUGAUGAGUUGUAGUGCUCACAAUGACCCAGUGACCGACCUGUGUUGGGUGCAACAGGGCGCCGCCCGGCCGAGCCUUGUCUCGUCAGGACAAGAUGGACGACUCUUGAUUUGGAAUGUGUCCUUGUUAACCGGCUCGUGUACUCUACAAGAAAAUUUUGCUUUCAACGAUUUGGAGGCGAAUGAUGUGGAGGCGGGCAUUUUGUGCUUUGCGUUCAGCAGCCGGCGGCCAGAGCAGUUUGUAGUUGCGUUGGAGGGUGGCGCGAUCAAGUCAUGCAAUUCCUCCUCCACCAAACUCACAACUUCAAUUUGCAAUACAGUGCCUGUGAAAAAUCCGGUUAUCGGAGACCUUGAAAGACAUAAUGGCGUGGUAACGUGUGUAGCUUUCUCGCCGUAUCACGAAGAAUUACUUGUAACAGUUGGCAGUGACAGCAGAAUAUUAUUGCAUUCUGUUGUAAAGAUGCAUUUGAUGAGAGAAAUCGUGUACGAUGUUGAGUUGACCGCAGCUGCCUGGUGUCUGUCACAAGCAAAUCUAUUCAUUGUAUGUGAUGCUAAAGGUGCGAUCAAAGUGUACGAUUAUACAAACGGCAGGAAUCUGGCUGACUUCUCCACAAAUGUGUCGACAAUAUGCGGAGCAAGUCUCAGUUUGAAAAGCCCGAAAUAUCUGGCCAUUAGCGAUGCAGACGGGAAAGCAUACAUUCUACAAAUGCCACAGUAUUUUCAAACUGGUUAGAUACAUGUUGAAAUAAAUAUAUCAAAAACUGAAAA